AUGGCAGAGACAGCUAUUACAGAAGGUGCUGUGCCGGUUGCAAAUUGGACAUUGAAAAAACUUUGGCAAGAGCUGGGUUAUAUGUGUUGUUACAAAAGCAACAUUGGAGAUCUCAACGAGCAGGUUCGGCUGCUGCAUGACAAAAGAGCUGAAAUAAAGCUGGAGGAGGAAACUGCAAGAGAAGAUUCAAAGAUUAUUAAUGGCCAAGUUAUUGAUUGGCUGGCCAAGGCAGACGAGCAACUAAAAGAAAAGGAGACGACUUUCAGUGAAGAAGCUGUAGCAGCAAAGGCAGCAUGCUGUAAUGGAUGGCUUCCAAAUAUGAAGGGCCGUUUUUAUCUGGCAAGGAAUGCUAAGAAGAUGACUCUGGCGGUUGAUCAGCUCCUUACUAAAGAUAUCGGGAUUAUAGCGCAUCCUGCUCCUCACCCAGAAGUGGAAUUUCAACCCACAGAGGACCCUAAUCAGCUGGAAACCAACUUCCAUGAAGGUGCCAGCUCCUCAGGAACAUCAAACGAUGAACAGCCACCUGCAUCUGAGAGGAAAAAUAUUUUUUUUGAUUCAAGAAGAUCAACAGUUGGCGAAGUGAUGGAAGCUUUGAGGGGGAAUCAAAUCAAUCCGAUUAUCAUAUGCGGCAUGGGCGGCAUUGGUAAAACAACAUUGAUGGGGCAAGUUCUUGAGAAAGCAAAGAAAGAGGGUCUGUUCGAUGAGUAUACAAAGGCAACCGUUAAGGAGUCUCUUAACAAAGCUGCUGACGUGAUUCAGAUUCAAGCUGAACUUGCAGAAUAUUUAGGCACGAAGCUCCUUGAGGACGUAAAAGAGAGCGGUCCAAGAGCAAGUAAGCUACGUGAAAGAUUAUCUAAAGGCAGCAAGAAGAUCCUUGUAAUGUUAGACAAUGUUUCGACAACAACCCCAGACUUUUUGUGGGACAUAGGGAUUCCCCUUAGUUGUCAAAUUUUGGUAACAUCAAGACAGCAAGAUCUUUUCAUGGACAUGGACACAAGAAAGAAUUUCCCGAUUCAUGGUUUGCCGGCUGGAGAUGCCUGGAGUCUGUUCAAGAAGACAGCAGGAAGUUCCAUCGAAUCUGAUCCCGAGUUGCAUGUUCAAGCGGAAAAGGUUCUGAAGGAAUGUGGUGGGUUGCCGAUUGCAAUUUCGACGGUUGGAACGGCACUUAAAGGUCAAAGCAUUGGAAUUUGGACGAAUGCACUGAGGGAACUAGAAAAGGCUUGCCCAGAAAACGUUCCAGGAGUGAUAGAACAUGUGUAUGGGAAAAUCAAGUUCAGCUAUGAAUGUUUGCCAAAUGAGCAAGCCAAAUCAUGCUUGUUGCUGUGUUGCAUAUUUGAAGAAUGUAGUGAUAUACUGAUUGAAGAUUUGGUAAUAUAUGGGCAUGGGCUUGGGCUCCUUAGAGGCAUUGAUUCAAUACUUGAAGGAAGGAAUCGUGUGGAAACAUUGGUUCACACACUCAAAAGUCGCUUUCUAUUGUUAGAAAGCAAUAAUAAAGAGACAGUGAAAAUGCACGAUGUGGUGCGUGAUGUUGCCAUACAUAUAGCCUCUGAAGAGUUUGUAGAAAAGAAAAGUGAUGGGGUUGAAAAGAGAAUAGUUGUGAGAGACAAAGCAGCAACUGUGAAGUUGAUGGAUUGGCCUCAGGAUAGUGAUUCUGAGAAAUCUACUUAUUGCAGUUCUCUGAGUAUCAGUGGGUUUUGUCAGCUUUUACUGUUGAGACAAAUAACUAGGUUUCCAAUGGAGCCGCCACCCACAAUUUUCAAAAGAACGGAAGAUCUCAUGGUUCUAACAAUCAGUGGAUAUGAUAGAUGGACGACUCUGACUUUGUCAGUAGACUCGGUACUACCAUCGCUUGCAGUAAUGAGAAACCUUCAAACACUGAGGGUAGAGAGGUGCGGAUUCAACUGUGAUGUAUCUGUCAUUGGGGAGCUAAAGACACUCAUGAUACUCAGUCUACGUGGAUGUCGGAGACUUGAGCAAUUGCCUGAUACAUUUAAAAACUUGUCUGAUCUAAGACUGCUUGAUUUGACAGAUUGUUACAAGCUUGAAGUAAUCUCGCCAGGUGUGAUAUCAAGUUUAACAAGACUAGAAGAAUUGUACAUGUUGGAUGGCUUUAAAAAUUGGGAGGUUGAGAAACUAGCCUCCACCGAAACAACCGAGUGGAUCUCUCAAUUGGAGGAGGCUGAGCAGGAAAGAGCCGCUGCUGGAUCCCAAGACGCGGAAACUACACUUUACACGUGGAAGGGACUCAAUGAAUUGGCGGUUGUGCAACCAGCAGAGGUAGGAAAGCAGUUUAGAGAAGAGGUUCAAAAACCUCGGAAACAAAACGAGGAUCAUACAAGGUGGGCCAACUCGAUGGACUGGAACACUGGGAUCCUUGCAGAACUGCUCUCCUUGUCCCGUUUGACUACCUUAGAAGUUGCUCUACCACCUCUCAAUAUACUUCUAACCACUCCUCUCUUUAACAAGCUCGAAAGAUUUAAGAUCUCUAUAGGGUGGAAGGAGUAUAGUGGUCUCACUUAUGAGGAAAUAGAGGAGGAGCAGAGUGGCAACUACUUGAGAGUUCACCAUCUUGAUGUAAGCAACGCUGCAAUGGGUAGUGGAGUCACUUCGUUGCUAGAGAAAGCCAGCUAUGUUGAGUUUAAAUUGACUCAGCCUCAACUUCUGAAUGUCUUGGAUAGAGUCUGUUUCCCAAAGACAAAGCGUCUUAAGUUCCAGGAAUGUAAUGAUGUGGAGUAUCUGAUUGACACGACUACUACUACACAUAGCAGCAGCGCCAUAUUUCCUGUCUUGAAUUCACUGGAGAUUAGUAAGGCAAGGAGGCUGAAAGUGAUUUUUCAUGGUGAACUGCCAACGGGGUUUCUCAAGCAACUACGUGCAUUGAUAUUAUUCAACCUACCAGCAUUGACCUAUAUUUGGAAGACCAACAGUCGAUCUCAGUAUGAUAAUGAGGAAGUGAUCAACUUCCAAAGUCUGACAAAAUUGGAUCUCUCAGAUUUACCAAGCUUUACUAGCAUAACCAAAUAUGCCUCUAAGGGGACGGAUAGGCUACCAGAAGACAGCAGCCCGGAACAAUCUGACAUCACUAUACUAUCUCUGUUCGACACCAAGGUUCAUUUCCCAGUCCUGACAGAACUACGCUUGGGCUCCAUGAACUUCAAAGAGAUAUGGAACAACCAACUUUCAGCAGAAUCCUUUUGUGAGCUAAGAAUUCUACGGGUAGAGCGAUGUCACGAACUGUUGCAUUUGGUACCAACACAUAUGCAAAAUAGAUUGCAGAAAUUGGAGUACAUAGAAGCUUGGCGCUGUUCAUCACUUAAAGAGAUAUUUGAAUUUAGAAGAUUGAUUGUUGAUGAUGAAGGGGAUGCUACAACAAUAUCUGAGUCAGGAGAUCAAGGGGCGCAAAUAAACAAGAUGAUGUCUUUCAAACAAUCUCGUCAAGCCUUUCAGAAUCUUAGAGAUAUGUCAAUUUGGCGUUGUGAAAGUUUGAGAACUCUGCUCUCUCCCUCAGUUGCUAGAGGUCUCGUGAAGCUUCAAACGCUAAAGAUAGAAAAGUGUAGGAAGAUUGAAGAGAUAGUAGCAGCACCAACAGAGGGUGAAGAAACAGAGGAUGACAACAUGUUCCCUCAGCUAUGUACUCUGGAACUUAUGGUUCUACCAAAUCUCAGAAGCUUUUCACAAGGCAAAUAUAAUUUCAGAUGGCCACUGGUGAAAGACAUCACAAUCCUCCACUGCUACAAUAUGAAGAUGUUUUGUUUAGGAUCCCUCAGCACACCGAAGGGAGUGAAAAUAGAUGUCCAAUGUGCUGGUGAGAGUGUUUUGCAGGAGCUCAAUGACAGUAGACAAGAAAUCUGA